AUGCUGGGCCACCACACCCUUCUUCUGGUGCUGCUGGCACUGCUCACCCUGGCCCAGCAGCACAGUCCCAGGGACCAGGGCACUGCCCUCACCUUCACUGCGUCCCCACACCGGGCCCUGCAGGGACACUGGAGCCCCACUGCCCUGCCUGCCCCCCCCAAAGUGGGUGAGUGUCCGGCGGGGGCGAGCGGAGCCCCUUGGCGCCCCAGACUGUUCUGCCUCUCCGACCAUGGCUGCCCUGGUGCUGAGAAGUGCUGCCAGAUUGGGAAGGUCUGGACCUGCCUCCUGCCCGUGACAGAGAGCCCGGGCUACUGCCCCCGUGCUGGCAGUGCCAUUGGGCCAAGGUGUGGGACAAGAUGUCACAACGACACCACAUGCCACUCGGGGGAGAAGUGCUGCACCCGCGGCUGCUGCACCCGCUGCACGCUUGCUCAGCCAGUCUUCCCUCCAGCCAAACCUGGGUUCUGCCCUCGGAAGCGUGCCCAGAGAGCUGCUGCCUGCCCCAACCACUGCACCGAUGACCGGGACUGCCCUGGGGAGCACAAGUGCUGCUUCUCUGGCUGUGGGUUGGCCUGCACCCCUCCAGACACAGUGACGCCUGGCCUGUGCCCCAUGGUGCUGCGGGGCUCCUUGGGGCCCUGCCUGGAGCUGUGUGACACCGACAGUGACUGCACUGGGGACAACAAGUGCUGCACCACCGGCUGUGGCCACAUCUGCAAACCACCCAUCAAGGCGUGGCCAGGUCUCUGUCCCCCUGCAGCAGAGGGUGAUGGGGCAGCCAAGUGCCUCCUCCUGUGCUUGCAGGACAAGGACUGUCCCCUUGGCCAGAAGUGCUGCCUGCAGGGCUGCAGCCGGGUCUGCGUCCACCCACUGUGGGGUACAGCAUAG